AUGAAUAACCAAAAUCCGCAAGGUCCACCAUUACUAUCCGGCCCUUUAAGUUCUGCCACACCAAGAGCAAGUGAUAAUGCGCCUAAAAUGUUAUACAAUUGUGCAGAUUGUGGGUCAGAGAAUGAAAUUAAACCAAAAGAACCCUUACGUUGCAAAGAAUGUGGCCAUAGAAUUAUGUAUAAACAACGAACUAAAAGAAGUUAG